AUGACGCGCCUCGGCACAUGGAGGGCCACGUACCUCGUCUCCCUGUCAUGUGUCGGAUCAUUCCUCUUCGCCUACGAUACGGGCAUCGUGGGCGGCGUCCUGACGCUGGAUUCCUUUAUGCGCGACAUGGGCUUUAGCGAUGGAGAGAGGGACAAUGUCACUUCGCUGUCGGCCAGUCUGCUGCAAGCCGGAGGCAUUGCGACCGUCAUCAUCCCCAUGUAUUCCGCCGAGAUGGCCCCCAAAGAAAUCCGCGGCCAGCUCGGCAGCCUCUUUCAAUUUUUCUUCACUCUCGGCGUAGCUGUAAGCUACUGGGUCGAUUACGGCGCUGCCCAACAUGUCCCAUCGUCGACGAGACAGUGGCGAAUCCCCGUUGCCUUGCAGCUUGUACCCGGUGGCAUCCUGGGAUUGGGGAUGUUGGUGACGAAAGAGAGCGCGAGGUGGCUUGCUCAGCGUGAUCGGCACGAGGAGGCUUUGGAGUCAUUGAUAUGGGUACGUGGAGGAGAUAGUACAGAAGUGCGGAUGGAGUUUCAGCAGAUUUUGGCGGGCAUUGAAGAGGAGGAGCGGCAGACUGCUGGGGUCACAUGGAGGGAAUAUUGGCUGCCGGCGAAUCGGUAUCGAAUCUUUAUUGCCGUCACUCUUCAGAUUGGGGCUCAAUUGACGGGAAAUACACCUCUGGCGUAUUUUUCUCCCCAAGUCUUUCAAGCCGUCGGCGCAGGUCAUAACGCUCUCCUACUCAGCGGUUUCUUCGGCGUGUGCAAGGUCGUCAGCUGUGCAUUCUUCUUAAUCUUCCUCGUGGAGCGCAUAGGCCGACGAUGGUCUCUGCUCGCCGGGUCGUUUCUGAUGGGCACUUAUAUGUUCAUCAUUGCGGUGCUGACGCAGCGAUAUCCUCCUGUGAGCGGCGGGACGCUGACGCCGCCGGCCAUUGCCUCUUUGACGAUGAUUUUUCUAGAAGCGAUGACGUUCAACAUUUCGUGGGGACCUAUACCAUGGCUGUACAUGAGCGAAAUCUUCCCAACGCGCAUCCGCGAAGGAGGCAUCGCCGUCGGCGCCGCAACGCAAUGGCUCUUUGGCUUCACGCUCUCCCAAAUCACGCCCGCGGCCGUCAACAACCUCGGCUACAAGGCGUUUCUCAUGUUCUGCUGCUUCAACUGGGCUCUGGUGCUGUACACGUGGUUCUUCAUUAAAGAGACAAAAGGCCUAUCUCUUGAAGAAAUGGAGAUAUUUGCUCCCAUUUCCCUGCGGUUGUAUUCAAAAGGGUUUCAUAUCAAGAGAACAUUGUCUAGUCAAGAGCAGACACAUUCGGGGCAUUAUCAGUUGCAGCCGAGACCACUCAUAUCCACCCCUACUGGCGCUCGCCAUCACGCCAUUCACAAUUCAUCAGCUCCAUCAAAGGAAAAGAUGACUUGCAUAUCAUUAAUCCUAUCGCCAGAACUGCUUCUGAGCGUCCGAGAGUUUUGGUUUGAGCAUCUGUCAGGGCCAGAUAGUUUGGUCCUGCCUACCACAGAUGAGAAUAAGAGGUGGUUCUUUGGCGGACCAGAGUUUGACAGAGUAUGCGUAGAACGCUUCGCCCCUACUCUUGAACAGCUCCGCCGUGAUGGCAUCAAAUCAGGCCAAGACAUCAUCUACGCCCUGCAACCAAACGACGCCCACGACUGGCUUAGCCUGAUCCUCCUACUAGAUCAAAUCCCACGCAACUGCUACCGUGGAGACAACUCAAACAUCGUCUUCAACUACUUCGACCCCAUGGCUAGAGAAGUCACCCUCACAGCCAUCCAGCGCGGCAUCCCCGAAAGGUGCCCCGAGCUCCGCUGGCGCUUUGCCUACCGCAGCUGGUUCUACGUGCCGCUGAUGCACUCAGAAGACAUUUCGCUACACGACCUCGCGGUGGAAAAGUACGAAGGCUUAAAACGUGACGUGGAGAGUCUACUGCCCUCUGAGAUGGCCGUCGACUGGAACGACGAGUCCGAGGUGGCGCACGAGUAUCACAUCGCGGCGCAGAGAGUCGUGCAGUCGAGUGAAGAGGCGGCCUUGGAGUACGGACAGCUGAAUCUUGGUUUUGAGAAGAGGCAUUGGGCGAUUAUAAAGCGGUUUGGACGGUAUCCGCAUCGGAAUCGGGUCAUGGGGCGCGAGACGACGGAUGAGGAGCGCGAGUAUCUGGAGAAUGGGGGAGACACAUUUGGCGGGUGA